CCACCUACAAACCGGAUAUUGCAGACUCACCACGUGGGAACCACAUUUGUGAGACUCGGCUCGUUCACAGAUCUCUCUUAGAGAAAUGAAAUUUUCUAUACCGGAAUCUGAUUCAACAGACACUAUGGCUAAGAAAGAUAAAACGAAAAAGGAUAAGAAGUCCAAGAAAUCUGAAAAAACCGAAGAACAGGUUGAAAAUGGAGAUGCUAAUAGUAUGGAGGUGGACGUAGCAGAGAAUGGUGCAGAUGCAUCACCGAUCAAGAUCAAGAAAAAGAAGGAGAAGAAGGCAAAGAAAUCUACCAAUGAGAAUGAGGAUGAGAAACAGUCAGAAGAGGCAGAGGAAGACCCUGACGUCAAGUUGGGGGCAUUUACAAACUUCAGAAUAUCUCCUGGCACUAUUGAAAAACUGAAUGCCAAGGGUAUAAGCUACCUGUUUCCUGUCCAGUAUGAAACAUUUGACACCGUGUUUGAUGGCGGCGAUGUAAUAGCUCAAGCCAGGACUGGCACAGGUAAAACUCUCUCGUUUUCCCUACCUCUGGUUGAGAAGCUUCAGAGAAGUGAAAAGAAACUGAAGCAUGGUAGGAGCCCAAAGGUUCUGGUACUGACCCCAACAAGAGAACUAGCCAAGCAGGUUCAUGAUGACUUCAAGGCAGUCUCUGAAAGUCUUGAGAUCCUUGUAAUAUACGGAGGAACUCCUUACGGCCCUCAGGAGCGUGUGAUGCAGAACGGUGUGGACGUGGUGGUAGGGACGCCUGGGCGAGUGUUGGACCACGUACAGAAAGAGAACCUCAAGCUGAACAAGAUCAAGCAUGUAGUGCUGGAUGAGGUAGACCAGAUGCUUGACAUGGGCUUCGUGCAGUCAGUGGAGGAGAUCCUCAAGGGAGCAUACGAGAGAGAGAAGGAGAGUAAUCACCCUCAGACCUUGCUGUUCUCGGCCACCCUUCCGCCAUGGGUGAGGGAGACCGCCAACAAGUACAUGCGGAACGAUGUGAAGAAAGUUGAUCUGAUCGGCAAACAAACCAACAAAACAGCCACAACAGUGCAGCACAUGGCCAUCAAGUGUUCAUACCAUGACAGGGCAGGGACGAUCGGCGACAUCAUCCAGGUGUACAGUGGUAACCACGGCCGCGCCAUGGUGUUCUGCGAGACCAAGAAGGAUGCAGAUGAGCUGGCCUGCAGUCCCAGCAUCAAAGUUGACUGCCACGUCCUCCACGGAGACAUUCCACAGGAGAAACGCGAGCUGGUCUUGGCGAGUUUCAAGGAAGGAAAGUACAAGUGUCUCAUCACCACGAAUGUGGCUGCACGAGGUUUGGACAUCCCCCUCGUAGAUCUCGUCAUUCAGUGCAACCCUCCAAAGGACACGGAUUCCUACAUCCACCGAUCAGGUCGGACAGGAAGAGCGGGGAGAUCUGGUGCCUGCGUCUGCUUCUAUAAACCCCAAGAGGAGAGCAGUCUCCUGUGGGUGGAGAAACAAGCAGGUGUAACUUUCCAGAGGAUCGGUCCACCGUCACCCGAGGAGAUGAUCAAGGCUGGGGCCAUUGAUGCUGUCAGGUCCCUUGAUGAUGUACCCAAUGAAACUCUAGAGCAUUUCAAAGAGUCUGCAGAAUCUCUCAUUGCCAGUCGUGGUGCCGUCAAUGCCUUGUCUGCUGCCCUCGCUGUCAUCUCAGGAAGCACAACUAUUUCAAACAGAUCACUGUUGUCAUCAAAGGAGGGCUUCACGACAUACGUGUUCAGGACCAACAUGGAGCUGAGGGGCACGGGGUACGUGUGGAGGGCCCUGGAGAAGUUCCUUGGAGAGGAGGAGAAGGAGAGGGCCACCGGGAUGAGGAUGCUCGAGGACAAAAUGGGCUGUGCGUUUGAUAUGCCGUCAGAGUUGGAGGACACGAUUGAGGCAAACUGGACCGAUGGCAAGUACGAUACAUUGGUCAAGGCCACAGAAGUACCGAAACUUCUACCUCAGUCCAGCUUCGGUGGAGGCAGAGGAGGUGGAGGCUUCCGAGGUGGUAACCGUGGAGGCGGCUUUGGCGGGGGCUUCCGUGGGGGAGACAGAAGAGGAAGGGGGAGAGGUGACUUCCGGGGAAGGGGUGGUUUUGGGGGGAGAGGGCGUGGAGGUGACAGGGGACGAGGAGGAUUUGACGGGGGAUUUAAACGCAAACAGAGUAUAUCAUUUGAUUCGCCACAGGGCAAGAAAAUAAAAUUUGAAUGACCAUAAUCUUUCAUUAAUGUUUACUCAUGUACAGUUUUUGUCUUGUCAUGUUAUUGUGUUGUCAGGGUUGUUUCUGCAUUUGUUUUCAGUCAAUUGUUAUGAAAUAUUCUUAGUGCAAUGUUAUAUACAUAGUGUAUAUGUAUGAAGAAAAUAAAAUUGUAAAUAUGA